AAGUCCACAGACGAUUAGAGGGAACCAAAACAACGACCCAACAGCAAACCAAAAGGGCAAGGAGCCUUUUUGUGGUCGUUAUGGAGUAUGUAAGAUAUGAGGAUGAUGAAGAUGAUGAAGAUGCAGCGACUCAGUACAUGAUUGAACAAAGUCUGCUGGAGAGCACCAAACAGAAGGAAACACAACGAGGUUCCACAACACCAGACAGCAAAAGCUCUGAGCCUGAGUCCGCUGACAGCAGCGCGAUCUUCACUGCUAUAAGACAAGGUAACGAGAAGCUCUUGAAGGGUCUCAGUGUCCGGCAGAGAGACAGGUUUUCACAGACAGACAGCCGAGGAUGGACUCCUCUCCACGAAGCUGCCGCUCAGAGGAACCAAAACAUCCUGGAGCUCACAUUCAAAGUUUCAGGCUCUGUGGACAGUCGCACUCUGCGGGGACAGACUCCUCUGCUCCUGGCAGCAGAGGGAGGUCUGAUAGAAAACGCCUCCUUCCUCCUCCAACACGGAGCCAAGCCGGACAUUCAGGACUGUGACCUGGACUCCCCGCUGCUCGUAGCGAUCCGCUCGGGCCGUGCUGACCUGGUGCAGCUGCUGCUCCUUCAGGGCUCCAGCGUGGACAAGGAGGGUCUGCACGGCCGCUGCCCGCUCCACGAGGCCUCUCGGCUGGGUAACGUGGAGCUGGUGACCCGGCUGCUGGAGGCGGGGGCGAGGCCGGACCCCCGCAGCCACUACGGGCUCACUCCACUGGCUCUGGCCGCUCAGAACGCACACCUGGAGGUGAUGGAGAAUCUGCUGAGGAGAGGGGCGGAUGUCCUGUCCCAGGCGCAGGACGAGGCCUCCAUCCUGUAUGAGGCGUCUGCUUCUGGAGACCCGGCGGUCAUCAGUCUGCUGCUGGAGUACGGCGCUGACGCCAACGUGGCCAAAAACAUGGGACACAUGCCGAUCCACCACGCCGCACACAGAGGACACCUGCAGGUUUUAAAUCUGCUGAUUCCAGUCACUUCUAAGGGGGAAGUCGACGACAGCGGGAUAAAUCCUCUACACUCUGCUGCUGCAGGAGGACAUGCACUAUGCAUCAAGGCCUUGCUGGAUGCGGGGUUUGACCCCAACGACAUGCUCCAUCCCUGGGCUCAGCGUAGCUAUGACGACGGGAGGAAGUCAGCACUUUUCUUCACGGUCUUGAAUAAUGACGUGCCGUCAGCCAAACUGCUGCUGGAGGCCGGCGCCAUGGCCAACCAAGACCCAAUCAAAUGUCUGCAGAUUUCGUUGCGCGUGGGCAACUAUGAGUUGAUCAACCUGUUGCUGAGGUAUGGAGCCAACGUCAACUAUUACUGCAAAGUAAACACAACUCACUUCCCCUCAGCGCUGCAGUAUGCCCUCAAAGACGAGGUGGUGCUCAGGAUGCUGUGUAACUACGGUUAUGAUGUAGCGCGCUGCUUUGACUGUCCCUAUGGUAACAGCUCCCACAUCCCUGAUGACUACAAGGGAUGGACUGACACUGUUAUCAAAGAUACCAUGUUCUGCGAGGUGAUCACCGUCUCCUGGCUGAAGCACCUCUCAGGUCAGGUGGUGCUCGUCCUGUUGGAUUACCUGGAUCAUGUGACCUUGUGCUCCAAGCUGAAGGCAGCAGUGAUGGAGCAGCAGCAGUGGCCGGACAUCUGCAGGCUGCAAGAAAGCGCCCGCUGUCUGCAGCACCUCUGCCGGCUGCAGGUGCGUAGUUGUCUCGGGCGCCUUCGCCUCCGGUCGCCGGUCUUCAUGAGCUUCCUGCCGGUGCCGGAGCGCCUGAAGGACUACAUCCUGUACCGGGAGUACGACCUGUACGGCAAACAGAGCAGCACGCCAGGCUGACCAGCGAAUACACUUUUUUAUCUCAUGAAACAAUUGACAGAAAAUAAAUAACAGUAAAACAUCUAAAGGUUCUCAAUAUAUACACUCAAAGAAAUGAUAUGUUAGAUUUACUUAAUCUAGUUAUGUCAACCGGCUGCACGUAACAAGGCUAAGUAAAUAGAAAACAGACUAGUAAACUAAUAUUUACUUCUUGCAUUUAAGUAAAUCUUACCAAAGCAUCUUAAUUAAAUGCUACAUCAUACAGUUAUGUUGUAUUUGCUUAACACAGUUAUGUUGAAUUUACUUAAAUUGUUGUUUUUACUUAACACAAUUAUGUUGUAUUUACUUAAAGUUUGCACUUAUUUACCUAACACAGUUAGGUUGUAAUUACUUAACACAAAUUAGUUCCAUUUAUGUUGUAGGAUUGUGUUAUUUGCACUUAACAUAAUUUAAUCCAAAUUGCUCUAUCAAUAUAAGUAAUUCAAAUGACUACAACUCAGUAAUUUGUAUUCCCCUCACUUUAUUUUAAAAUGUUCAUUUUACACUUAUAACAUUGCAUUUUGCAAACAACCAUCUGAAUUGCCACAACAAUUCAACAACAAAAAAACACUUAACUCCAACAGCCCAUUUGUGGUAGGUGCACAUAUUAGAAUUUUAAAGCUCUUUGCGUAAAAAACCCAUGACAGCUGCUGAAUUUGACAGUGAUGAGAAACACGAGUGACUCAAGAAGUUAACAUGUGGGCUGAAAAGCUACAACAAUGACUUAUUAUCUGAACAUUUUAUAAAAUGCAACUUUACUAUGAA